GCAAAUACAGCUUCUGCAGUGUGAGUAACCUGCAGGUCAGCACACGGAGCAGUGCCUCACAGUGAUGUGCUUGCAGGGUUUUGUUUCCAGCUCUGGAUGGAGAGGAAUGAAGCGAUGGUCAGGCUCGUGGUGCAGCAUACAGCCACAGCCCUGGGCUGUGCAGGAGCUGCCGGCUCUUCACCUCAUUAAAUUUCUUCCACGCUGCAGCCCAUCGCUAGCACCAGGUGUAACAGCUUCAAAGACACCUAGAGAUCUUACAGCACUGCAGGAGAAUGGAGAAAUUCCCUCCAGGAGGGGAAGGUGAGAGGGAGUAUACAUUUCCCAGGAAUGAGAAGUACCCGGUGUUCUAUCAUGAAACAAACAGCUCAAGCAUCUACGUCGGGGGAGAGGGAAUACUUUACUACUAUAACUUUGCAACCUCUGAGACCUACCCGGUAGAGUUCCCUGUGGAAAAUGGAGCACAGUGUUUGAAGCCUGGGAGCCCGGAGGACAAUAAAAACUUCAUCACCUUAAUAGCAAAGCAUGGAAGUGAGAUGUUAGUGUGUGGGACUGGCGCUUGCAAUCCCACCUGCUGGCACUUGACAGAAAAGGAGAAGGACUCUCCUCAGGAUGGCAGAGGUCUUGCUCCUUUCACUCCUGAUACAAAUUCCCUCGUCAUCGUUGACUAUCCUAACAUCUACUCUACCAUCAAGAAAAGCCAGCAGAAUGGCAAGAUCCCCCGCUUCCGACGAGUGAAAGGGGAUGGAGAACUCUACACAAGUGACACAGUGAUGCAAAACCCUCAGUUUGUCAAAGCCACCACGUUAAGGCAUGAAGAUCCUUACCAGGACAAGAUUUACUACUUCUUCCGUGAAGACAAUCCAGAUAAGAGUCCUGAGGCACCCAGAAACAUCUCCCGAGUGGCCCAGCUGUGUAAGGAAGACAAAGGUGGAACCAGUUCCCUCUCUGCUUCCAAGUGGACCACCUUCCUGAAGGCCAGCUUGAUUUGUGUCGACCCGGCCACCAAGGGCAAUUUCAACUGGCUGCAGGAUGUCUUCUUUGUCCCUGCAAGUGACUGGAGGGACUCCAAAGUCUAUGGGCUCUUCACAAACACCUGGGGAAGCUCUGCUGUUUGUGUCUAUUCUUUUGGGGACAUUGACAACGUGUUUCGGACGUCCAAACUCAAAGGCUAUAAUGGUCCCAACCCAGAAAUCAAGCCUGGGCAGUGUGUUCCCUUUGGACAGCACACCCCAAGUGAGACCUUCAAGAUAGCUGACAGCCACCCAGAGGUAGAGAACCGAGUGGAGCCCCUCGCACCCACCAGGAGCCCCUUAUUUCACAACAAGCACCGCUACCAGAAGAUUGGGGUGCAUGAGGUCUCUGCAAGUGAUGGACAUCAAUACACCGUGCUUUAUCUGGCAACAGACAGGGGAUCCAUCCACAAGGUAGUAGAGCUGCCAGGGGGAGUGCAUAACAUCAUGGAGCUCCAGGUCUUCUCAAAGAAGGACCCGAUCCAGUCCAUGAUCCUGGACCACGAGAGGGCGAUGCUGUACGUGGGCUCGAGCAGGAGAGUGGUGGAGGUGCCCAUGGACAUGUGUGGGGUGUACCGCAACAACUGCGAGAGCUGCCUGCUGGCCAGGGACCCCUACUGUGGGUGGGCCGACGGGCGCUGCCAGUCCAUCUAUCACAACCGGGAGGUGCGUCAGAACCUGAACCUGGAGCCGUGGCAAGGAAAGUGCCAGAAGGGUGAAGUUAAGGAAGCAGACAGCUACCAGAAUGUCACCGUUGUCCCCGUCGUCCCUUUCUCUCGCUACUACCUCAACUGUCCCGUCGAGUCCCACUAUGCCACCUACAACUGGUACCACAACGACACCCUCAUCAAGACCUGCAACAACACCCACCCGCAGCCGGACUGCUUCUACUUCAUCCAGAACGUGAGCCACACUCACUACGGCCACUACAUCUGCGUCUCGGAGGAGGACGGCUUCAGGCAGGCUCUGGUGAAGGAGCACCUGGUGAACCAGCUCAGGUUCAUGUCGCAGAAGGGUCAGGCCACCGUGACUUUGGCAUCCUGGCUGCAGCUGCUGCUCAUGGUGCUGUUGGUGGAGCUCUUCCACUGAGCACGACACGGCCGCCUUCCCAACUGCUGCCACUCUUCCUGCACUUAACGUGAGGCCAGACCCUUGCUCUCAAUCACUCCUUGGGCACUAACCUUUGACUGUCCCCAGUGGUGUCCCGGCUCUGUGGGCAGCAACUCUUCCAUCUUCGGAGUUGGUGUGAGGAAGAGGCAGCUACAGGGCCGGAUGGAGCAGGGUUUGGGGCCAGGAGCGUCCUGUCUCAAGGGGGACGUUCACUGUACCCACAGGACUGCAGCCUGCCCCCAGGCACGUGCUGGUAGCUCCAUACUGGUGGUCCUGAGCACGCACCAGGUGCAGACUUUGUUCAGGGGACUAUGCAGAUGUGCAUGCACUGAUCCUCAGGGCGCGACGGCUCCUCUCUUUGGGAACGUGCAUGUGAUGAAGAGGAGGAGCCAGCCCUUGGCCUUUCGAACUGGUUGGCCUGUGCUUCUCUCCAGGGUGUUAGUGGCUAACAACAAGCCCAAGCGGCGAGCAGCUGGGAUCUUCCCAGUGUCACUCGUGGGUCCCGUUCUGCUCUGGAAGGGUUUUGUUGGUUGUUCAGAGGGCUGUGAUGUGGGAGAGCGAGUGGGAGCUGGCACUGACAAACUGCAGGGAAGGGCAGGCUCAAAGUUAGCGUUUUGCAUGGAUAAGACUUGGAGGAUGACUUAGCUAUAGAUUCGGGGUGUGGGGGAGGACAGACCAAAGGGCCCUAAGAUUUCCUAAAGACUGGAAGGAGAGGUGGAAGCCCCCAGGAGGCCCUGGGGAGACGUUAAACGCACAAAUCCGUGCAGGCAGCUAGGGGCAUCGCUCUGCGGACAGCCCUGCUCCCAGUGCCCCUUUCCCCUUGGGGAGGGACUGGGCUUCCUCAGGGAAAGAGGAGCCAGGCUGUGGGGCUCAGGGCUUCGCAGCCACUUCCACCCCUGGGUGCUGCAUGAUGAGACAGGGGAGGGCCAGCACCCCCCGCCCUGGGCUCUGAGGCCUCCAAGCAAGAUUAAACUGUGAAAUAUGGGAUAUUGUCCCUGUGCCUGUGCACAGAGGGUGAUCCCACACCUUGUCCAAGCCUUCCCCUGCCCUAUGGACUGCUGGAACUCCCCCAGCCUGGUGGGCAGAGUGCUGGGCAGGCUGUGCCGCCAGCUGAGCCUUGUGGUCUUUGGGCAAAGCAGGGGGGGGGUGUAGGCAGAGCAGAGCUUCCUACAGCACUACGUUCCCACACAACCCCCAGAGCCUAGCAUAGAGCUUCUUACAUCUCUUCUCAAAGCACUUUAACUUUGUCAACUAACAAAUGACCUAUUUAUUAUCAACGAGCAAUUGCUGUACUUGUCUAAUUUUCUAGCGUGAUAGAAAGGCGGGCUCAGAGUAGAGAAAGGAGGGAAAGAAAACAGCUACCAAAAAACAAAACCCCUUUCCAAGCUGUGACCAAAGUGAGAAGGUGAUCAUUGAAAUAAAGAGUGGACGAGA